AUGCCACCUACUAGAAAGGCCCAUCACAAAUCACGAAAUGGUUGUAACCAAUGCAAAAAGAGACACGUCAAGUGUGAUGAAGUCAGGCCAACUUGUGGAAACUGCGUGAAACGAGACGCGACUUGCAGUUUCUCUUUGAACGAGCAGAGCCCUUCGACUGGCCAUGAGGAUCGAGACACGCCACCGAGUGCUGUCGAUGCUCAGCACAGGAUCCUCUCGCGGGCCGAAGAGAUGGACCUGAUACACUUCUUCAUAACGACCACCAUCAAAACUGUUGUUCACGACCCUAAAGACUGGCACCUGUGGGAGCAUAACAUUCCUCAACUGGCUUUCCAGAAUGAAUAUCUGCUUGACAUCCUUUUGGCCCUGGCCUGUGUUCAUCGUUCCAAGCUUCACCCACUCAAUGCCAAGUUUUGGGUCCGAUGUGCUAUCGAAUAUCAAAAUCGGGCGUUACCAGUUUUCUACAAGGUACUUGGCGAUGUCAACGAUGAGACGUGCCACGCUGCUUUUGCUUUCUCUUUCGUCACAACUAUGGUGGAGAUAUCAAUACCUCAUCCAGACAUGGAUCCCAUCGAACAGCUCGUGGGAUUACGAAACUAUUUUAGAGGAACAGCAAUGCUCUAUCUGACAAUGCUGGAGCCUCUUAAAUACGGCCCCAUGACACCCUUUUUCAGACCCAGAACCAUCACAUGGGAGUACGACUCUGAAAUUCGAAAGUCUUUCCAUGACAGAAUUACCGCACUUUACGACGUAGUUGCUGGAAGUCCCGAUGAGAAAACUUACAACGAAACCAUUGCGCUUCUAUUAAAACAAUUCUACGACUCACCAUUCGCCGUUAUGGCCUUUUCACUACUCGUUGGGCCAGACUUCUUCCAGCUUGUCUGUCAGCGCGAGCCUCUAGCCGUACUGAUUUACAUCUAUUGCGGCGUCUUGUUUACCAACAUAAACGAAUGGUGGUGCGAUGGCCUUGGAAAACGAAUCGUUAACGAGUUGUCGCUUUCUGCAGAAGUGCUGGAAAGUAACCCGAAAAUGGCGUCUGCUCUUUUAUGGGCUAAGCAGCAAGCCAGCAAGUCCACAGAGCCGAAUCGAGUCCUAUUUUGGCGGAUAUUUGUGAGUUGA